AUGGAUACGGUGCUGUUGGUGGCAGCUGCCGUGCUCCUCGCUGUUCUUCUCUUCUUCGCCACCCACCUCCGCGGCCAAGCGAGGGCAGCUGAUGAGGAGCACCAGCAAAAUGUGGCAGCAGCAGCAGUGGCCAGGCCUCGGCCCCAUGCCGAGGAGCGGGGAGAUGGGAUGCCAAGGCGCCGGAGGAACAUGGGCAGCAGGAUGAUGGCCCAGAGGAGAGCACAGCAGGCAGAAGACUGGCUGGAAGAGGAAGAUGAUGCUGAGGAAGUGCCAGAGUUUCAGGUGUCUGGGAAAAUUGGAGCUAAGAAGCAGAGGAAAUUAGAAGAGAAACAAGCCAGGAAAGCACAGAGAGAGGCUGAAGAAGCAGAGCGAGAAGAACGGAGAAAGCUUGAGUCAAAACGAGAGGAGGAACGGAGGAAAGAAGAGGAGAGAGUCCGCCUGGAGGAGGAGCGGCAGGAAGAGGAAAAAAGGAAAGCAAAGGAAGAAGAGGAGAAGAGAGAGUAUGAAGAGUACCUGAAGCUGAAGGAGAGUUUUGUAGUUGAAGAGGAAGGGGUUGAAGAAUCAAUGACAGAAGAAGAGUCUCGCAGCUUUCUGAUGGACUUUCUUGCCUACGUGAAGAAAACAAAGGUCAUCCAGCUGGAGGACUUGGCUUCUCAUUUGGGGUUAAGAACACAGGAUGCAAUUAACAGAAUCCAGGACCUGAUGGCAGAUGGCACUCUAACAGGUGUGAUUGAUGACAGAGGGAAGUUCAUCUACAUCACUCCAGAGGAGAUGGCUGCUGUGGCUCAGUAUAUCAAACAGAGAGGACGAGUCUCCAUUGCAGAGCUGGCCCAAGCAAGCAAUUCCCUCAUCAACCUCCAGCCUGACAGCCAAGCUGCUGCUCCAACUGUGGCCUGAAGUGGUGUCAUGAAAAAAAAAAAUACAGCAGGAGUUAAACUUUGUAAGGAAAUGAGCCCCAUAAUUAAAACCAAACAAGAAGCCCUCCAGUCCAUGCACAGUGCUUGAAUAUAGGAUGCUCUUCUUCAGCAUCAGCUGCAAGACUUUGUCAAAAGUUUCUCUUUUCAUUCUGUUGGAGCUGGUACAAAAUAGGGCAGGCUUUGGUUCUGGCCAAGAACUUGGGGCUAAAACACUCUGCUGUACCUGUACCCUGGGCAAUCAGCAGUUUUUAGGUGGUGGUUUUACCUUGGCAGUCAGUCUCAUCUGACUACACCCAGAGUUUUUAUUGUUUCCAGAUUCUGAUGUUUGUUGUCAAAUAGAAGCUGGCUGUGAUUGUCGCUGGGAUUCUCCAGGCUUGCUCUGCACUGUCAGAGCUGUGUAACUUUGUGGCAAUGCCAUAUACAACUUAGGGUUAAAAAUGGGUGUGCAGGGGGGGAGGCUUGCAGAUUGUGUCCUCUAUAAACGUUGAAAGGAUGGAGUCAAAAAGAAAAUACUGCAAGUGUGAAACUCUAGAGAUGGGAGAACUUCAAGA